CAGCGGUAGGCUGGGCUGCAGCCUUGUGAGACUCGAAGUAGCGUGGCGCGUGCCGGUUUCCUACACUGCGCAACAAGUGGGACCGCAGCAGUGACGCGCGACUCUGCACACUGGCUCUGCUGGUUAGCUUCUUUUCGCUCCUCCUAGCCCUUCCUGCUUCCCAAUUACACACCAGUAGCACCUCCAAAGACCGUAUUCUGUUCGGUUCCGCACCCCUGCUUUGCUCAGUGGGUGAAGGGCUUACCUCUGGUCCCCCCUUCCUCCGUGGGUAUGGAUCAUGGGGUUAUUCCUGACUUUUGCUUCCCUCCGCCUUCCUCCCUCUCCCCUCUCUCUGUUUCUGUCUUUGGCAAGAGUCUCUCUUAAUUCUUUCAGGUGUGGUUCUUUUUGAAAGCUUUGAGGAAGGGACGAAGGGAACAAAUAUUCAAAUGAUACGCUUAAAGCAGCUCCUGAAACCGUAUGGUGUCAGCUAGAGGCAUGAGCAUCGGAAGAACGGAAUUACAUCUGCUCAACUAAGUGUUUUCCGACUUCAGUUUUGGAAGCAACGCCCCCCCCACCCCCACCCCCAAGAGAGACAAAAACGCGCUGGUCAGGGUUGCCCAGUAUAGAAGGCUGUGGUAACAGGGUGAUUCUUGAACGGACUGAGUCCGCCACCUAGUGGUCGUUCAUGGUCAAGGUUUGCGCCCGGAGCGGUGGUCUCUGGAUUCUGAUCAGAUACUAGAACUGAGAAGGGCAUUCUCCAAUGAAGACAGCAUCCGACUUCCAAAGUUUUGAUGAGACAGAUGAAAAUCAUAUGCCCAUACCAUCCACAUCCACAAUUUCUCAGUCAUCCAUCAGUAUCUGUCUCAACUGAGAAAAAGUACUGUCUUUAAGGACAUUCGUGGCCUCUCCAGGUAGCAGAAGGAUUGCGCCCAGACUCUCGGGAGCUUUAAGAUUUAAAUUACUUCAUUGCAAUUGCGGACUCAGGCCUAACAUUUUAAAGCAAAAUUUUGGACUGUGAAGCAAGACAUUGGGGAAACACAACAUGGCCUCACCGGCUGACAGCUGUAUCCAGUUCACCCGCCAUGCUAGUGAUGUUCUUCUCAAUCUUAAUCGCCUCCGGAGUCGGGACAUCUUGACUGAUGUUGUCAUCGUGGUGAGCCGUGAGCAGUUUAGAGCUCAUAAGACAGUGCUCAUGGCCUGCAGUGGCCUGUUCUACAGCAUCUUCACUGACCAGUUGAAAUGCAACCUUAGUGUAAUCAAUCUGGACCCUGAGAUCAGCCCUGAGGGGUUUUGCAUCCUCUUGGAUUUCAUGUACACAUCUAGGCUCAACCUGAGGGAAGGCAACAUCAUGGCUGUGAUGAGCACAGCCAUGUACCUGCAGAUGGAGCAUGUUGUCGACACAUGCAGGAAGUUCAUCAAGGCCAGUGAAGCAGAAAUGGCCCCUGCACUUAAGCCACCCCGUGAAGAGUUCCUGAACAGCCGGAUGCUGAUGCCACAUGACAUCAUGGCCUAUCGAGGUCGUGAGGUUGUAGAGAACAAUAUGCCACUAAGAAAUACUCCUGGGUGUGAGAGCAGAGCUUUUGCCCCUCCCCUGUACAGUGGCCUGUCAACACCACCAGCCUCUUAUCCUAUGUAUAGCCAUCUCCCACUCAGCAGCUUCCUCUUCUCCGAUGAGGAACUACGAGAUGCCCCCCGAAUGCCUGUGGCCAACCCUUUUCCCAAGGAGCGAGCCCUUCCCUGCGACACUGCCAGGCCAGUCCCUAAUGAGUAUAGCAGGCCAGCCAUGGAGGUGUCCCCCAGCCUGUGCCACAGCAACAUCUACUCUCCCAAGGAAGCAGUCCCAGAGGAGGCUCGGAGUGACAUACACUACAGUGUGGCUGAGGGUCCCAAGCCUGCUGCCCCUUCUGUUCGGAAUGCCCCAUACUUCCCCUGUGACAAAGCCAGCAAAGAAGAAGAGAGACCCUCUUCAGAGGAUGAGAUUGCCCUGCAUUUUGAGCCCCCCAAUGCACCCUUGAACCGGAAGGGUCUGGUUAGUCCCCAGAGUCCCCAGAAAUCCGACUGCCAGCCCAACUCACCCACAGAGUCCUGCAGCAGCAAGAACGCCUGCAUCCUUCAGGCCUCUGGCUCCCCUCCAGCCAAGAGCCCCACUGACCCGAAAGCCUGCAACUGGAAGAAGUAUAAGUUCAUCGUUCUAAACAGCCUCAAUCAGAAUGCCAAGCCGGAGGGCUCUGAGCAGACAGAGCUGGGUCGCCUCUCCCCUCGAGCCUACCCUGCACCACCGGCCUGCCAGCCGCCUAUGGAGCCUGCGAACCUUGAUCUCCAGUCUCCAACCAAGCUCAGUGCCAGUGGGGAGGACUCUACCAUCCCCCAAGCCAGCCGGCUCAAUAAUAUCGUUAACAGGUCCCUGGUAGCCUCCCCACGAAGCAGCAGUGAGAGCCACUCGCCUCUCUACAUGCACCCCCCAAAGUGUACAUCCUGUGGCUCUCAGUCCCCUCAGCAUACAGAGAUGUGCCUCCAUACUGCUGGGCCCACGUUCCCAGAGGAGAUGGGAGAGACCCAGUCAGAGUAUUCGGAUUCUAGCUGUGAGAACGGGGCCUUCUUCUGCAACGAAUGUGACUGUCGUUUUUCUGAGGAGGCCUCGCUCAAGAGGCACAUGUUGCAGACGCACAGUGACAAACCAUACAAAUGUGACCGCUGCCAGGCCUCCUUCCGCUACAAAGGCAACCUCGCCAGCCACAAGACCGUCCACACGGGUGAGAAACCCUAUCGCUGUAACAUUUGUGGGGCGCAGUUCAAUCGCCCAGCCAACCUGAAGACCCACACUCGAAUUCACUCUGGAGAAAAGCCCUACAAGUGUGAAACCUGUGGAGCCAGAUUUGUGCAGGUGGCCCAUCUCCGUGCCCAUGUGCUCAUCCACACUGGAGAGAAGCCAUACCCCUGUGAAAUCUGUGGCACCCGCUUCAGGCACCUUCAGACUCUAAAGAGCCACCUGCGAAUCCACACAGGAGAGAAACCUUACCAUUGUGAGAAGUGUAACCUGCACUUCCGUCACAAAAGCCAACUGCGACUUCAUCUGCGCCAGAAGCAUGGCGCCAUCACCAACACCAAGGUGCAAUACCGUGUGUCGGCCGCUGACCUGCCUCCGGAGCUCCCCAAAGCCUGCUGAAGCAUGGAGUGUUGACUCUUUCCUCUCCAGCCCCUUCUCAGAAUCUACCCAAAGGAUGCUGUAACACUUUACAAAGGUCAUCCCAUGAUGUAGUGCCUCUCUCAUCCACUAGUGGAAAUCAUAGUUGGGGUGGGGGUGGGGGUAGGGCUUGCGGGACCGGGAGCCAAGGUAGCUCCCCUUCCCACACUGCCAUAAAACAUUAAGAAAAUACUAUUGCUUCUUCUCCUAUGUGUAAGGCAAACCACAUCAGCAAAAAGCAAAAUCAUUUUCUAUAUCAAAGUAGGGGAGAAUGCAUAAGUUCUGACUUGACAGGUUGCAACAUGAGAAAUGUAAACGUCCUGUGGGAACAGAGAUCUCUUUUGUAUGUAAAUGUGUAUUGUUUUAAAAGACAAGACUUCAGUAUGUUGUCAAAGAGAGGGCUUUAAUUUUUUUAACCAAAGGUGAAGGAAUAUAUGGCAGAGUUGUAAAUAUAUAAAUAUAUAUAUAUAUAUAUAUAAAAAAUAUAAAUAUAUAAACCUAAAAAGAUAUAUUGAAAAUAUAAAACUGUGUUAAAGGCUCGAUUUUGUAUCUGCAGGCAGACACGGAUCUGAGAAUCUUUAUUGAGAAAGAGCACUUAAGAGACUAUUUUAAGUAUUGCGUCUGUAUAAGUAAGAAAAUAUUUUGUCUAAAAUGCCUCCGUGUAUUUGUAUUUUUUUGCAAGUGAAGGUUUACAAUUUACAAAGUGUGUAUUAAAAACAAAAAGAACAAAAAAAAAGCUUCAGAAGGAGAAAUGUAUACUUUUGUUCCAGUUUUCAGUUUGUACAUACCUGUAACGUGUCCUCACGGUGCCUUUUUACACGGACGUUUUCAAUGAUGGACAGGUGUGCGCCAUCCCUUUUUGAAGUGUAGGCAGACACAGGGACUUGAAGUUGUCACUAACUAGACUCUCUUUGGGAAUGUUUGGCUCCUCCCACAUUCUGCGUCAUGCUUGUCGUUAUAAUUACUCCGGAGACAGGGUUUGGCUGUGUCUAAACUGCAUUAGUGCGUUGUAAAAUAUAGCUGUACAAAACAUAAGAAUAAAACAUUGAAAAGUUGAGCUACCA